GAAUGGAUGGCCUUUAACUAAAUCCGCAGGUUCACUUUCGUUUCCAUAUUUGUUGGGACGACGUUCUAAGAUGAACAAUUAUACUGGACAAUAUGGAUACAUGUUUCCGAUGCAACCAAAUUAUACUUGGGGUCCAAACCAAGUGCAUACACCUGUUCAAGAGCCACAAUAUACCUAUGGUUAUGACUCGACUAACCAGCAGCCCCCUCCGUACACUGACUAUAUGGGACCCCAGGUACAAGAUUAUGAAUCGCCCGUUAAUGAUUUUAAUGGUCAGUAUGGAUAUUCCACAAAUUCCACACCUACUCAACCUGGUUAUAAUGCUCAAUGGAGUGGGAAUCAAUUCCAAACUCCAUCACAUGAUUCAAGUUAUUGGUAUCAUUCUCGAGAGCCACCAAUCAAUAGUCAACCACGAUAUCAACCUCCUCCGUCUACGCCUAUACUUGAACAAAAUCGAAAACCUAAACUACGAAUAUACUGUAAAUACUGUGAUGUAGCAUUCACGGAUGAGCAUACUUAUUCCAUACAUUUGGAUACUGAAAGGCACAUCCGUAAUUUUAAACGUAGCUUUAAUACAACUGAAGAUAGAAGGGGUAAAGGAAAGUCUAGAAGUGACUACCGCAGAAGUAAUAACAGAAACAGAAAACCUAAUUUCUACUGUGAAGAUUGCAAACGAUCAUUUCAAAGAAAAGAACAAUACCUUGAUCAUAUCACAGCAGAGGGACAUAUGAAAAAGUCUGAUCGUAACAAAAAUGAGUCAGACGAAGGAGAAUCUAAAAAGGCUCCAAGACGUACAGAUUAUUGUGAUGUAUGCGAACAAACAUUUCAAAAUGGUCGUCACUUUUAUGCUCAUCUAAAGUGGAAAAAGCAUAAACGUCUUUGUAGAGUUGCUAGACUUUUAAGAGGACAACUGAAAAAGACACCGGAAGAAGUUGCUAAUGAUCCAUUGGGUUCGUUCACAUUGUAUAUGAAUAAAGACUGCUCUGUUCCAUAUGGGAACUAUGGAGACUGUAAGGAAGUCGAAUUGGAUGCUGGAAAUGCAUUUUUGCAAAAAUUCCUCGACUUGAAACAUUUAAUCUCUCAAGAACCAAAUCCAGUUGGCGAGGAAUUUAUUCAGGAGCAAGUAUACAAUACACGAGAUUUGGAAUAUAGCUGUUCACUUUGUAAAGCAGAUUUAAUUGGAGCUGAUGAUAUAGAAAAUCAUCUACGUACUCUUACACAUCAAAAAAAAUAUAAGGAGAAAUUUAAUUUGGAGGAAUUUGCAUUUGAAGAAGAAAUGAGAUUGUCUGCAUCCGAUUCGGUUUUCGCUGUAUGGAAAACAUGUCAGUCUAGAGCUAGUAAAGAAUUGGCAAGAAUUAUCGGAGAAAAAGGUUUUCAUUUAUGUGUUUGUGGUUUCCGUAUUACUUGCUAUGAUGAUAUGCGAAAACACUUUCCAAUUAAAUACUAUGAUAUUCAUCCACGAAUUCGUUCAUGGAAAAAAAGUUUAGAAAAAUGUAUUCGAUCGCGUGCUGAUCGUCAUAGGAUUGAUUAUAGAGAUUGUUACACUAUUCUAACUUUAUUUGGACUCCCCAGCCACAUUAUUGAUAUGAAGAGAGAACAUGCUUUAGAAACUGCCAAAGCUAAACUGUUAGAAGAUUCUACAAAAGAAGAGUCAGCAACAGAUGCUCGUGGAGAUGGUGAAGACGAAGAUGAGGAGGAAAAUGACGAUGAAGAAGAAGAGGAAGAAGAACGAAAGUCAGUCAAGGAAGAUGAACCUCCUAAAGACCCUAUAUCAAAUGCAGAGUGUGUUGAGGAUACACAUGCGGAAUCGUCGUAGGAUAGCUGCUCGUUAUAUGUUAUACAUUAGUUGUAAAGUACACUAAAAUGGUUAUUUAGAGAACAAAUUUCGUUCUCGCUUUUGUCAAUGCUAUGUAAGACAAUAACCGGUCUUAUUUUGCUCGUUUCGUUUAUUAAGUGUUUUCAUUUCACUUGCUCUUUCGUCAAAUACUAUCAUCUUGUCUCAUUUUUUCGAUGCAUUAAUGAUAUUCUUUUUAAUGCAGCAUCAUAUCUACAUUUCUAAAUUACGCCCGUUUCCGUUUUUAUGCAUUUGUUAUGUUUGAGAGUAGGUCGUCUUUUCUUCUUACUUAAUUGGGAUUGUUUGGGUUUAUCUGUUCGCAUUUGAUGUGUACCAUCUUUCAGUGCUUUCGAAAACUUCUUAAUGUUACC